GCAGUUUUAAUUGAUAAAAGCAUCGCACCCUUCCCACUUUCAACCGUCAUCCCCUUCACCUUACAACCUCGCAUUUGAUCCUUGCGCCACGACGUCAUCACUCCCAUUUUGCUUAUCUAUCACCGUCAAGCCUCGUCAUCCUCGAGGGCUCGUACCUUUUCCAAAAACACUGUCAUUCCAACCUCUCACCGCUUUGACACUUUAAACCAUCCCACAAUGGCACCGACCGUGCAGGUGGCGCGUGUGCUGGAAAGAGCCAUAUGUCCGAGCGGGUAUACCUUCAGAUCAAACGCCUGCUACCGGAACUCGUCAUGGCAUUUCUGGGGAAGAUGGGUCUUCGCCGGCGUAGCGAUCCUCUUUAUUAUUGCGGUCAUCGUGUUGCUAGGAUGCAGGAACUCCCGCCGGCGCAGGAAUAGGGGCCUCGCCCCUCGCUACGGCACUGGAUGGAUGGCGCCCGGUCCCAAGUACCCGCAGCAGAACAACCCUGGCGGAUACGGACCUCCUCCUCCCCAGUAUACCGCAGGACCGCCACAGGACCAGUAUCCCCCGCCACCGAACCCGUACGGCCAGCAAUACAACAACAACCAGGGGUAUUAUAGCGGCCAGCAGGAGGGUCUCCAGCCUCCUCAGAACGCCUACUACCCGCAGCAGGGCAGGGACAAUGUCUACGAGCCUCCCUCGGGACCUCCUCCGGGUAAAUAGACCUGCGAUGGACUUGUGUGUAAGGAAAGGGCGAUGGGUCGGACCAUAAUGGGUUGGUGAGCUUGGUUUGCCACAUUUCCCGGCAGCAACGCUUCCCGGACAGAGG